CUCGCUAUUUCUUCUCCGAUUGGAUUCUCCAUCUAAAACAAAAACUAGCGAAGGCUGUUCCGAUCGAAUCAGGUAAAAAAGGGAAGGAAAAUGGAUGGAUCAGGAGGAAGAGGAGGAAGUGGAGCGGAUAAUGUAUUAUCGAAUUACAAGCUUGGAAAAACGCUUGGAAUCGGCUCCUUCGGAAAGGUUAAGAUUGCUGAACAUUGUUCCACUGGUUAUAAAGUUGCUAUUAAGAUUCUUAAUCGGAGAAAGAUUAAGAAUAUGGAGAUGGAGGAAAAAGUUAGAAGGGAGAUUAAAAUUUUGAGAUUGUUUAUGCAUCCUCACAUCAUACGACUCUAUGAGGUCAUAGAGACAGCAACAGAUAUCUUUGUUGUUAUGGAAUAUGUGAAGUCCGGAGAACUCUUUGAUUAUAUCGUGGAGAAAGAAAUUAUGUAUGAAAUCUUUAAGCAGAUAAUUUCUGGGGUGGAGUACUGCCAUAGAAAUAUGGUGGUUCAUCGAGACCUGAAGCCUGAAAAUUUGCUUCUGGAUUCCAAAUGCAAUGUGAAGAUUGCUGAUUUUGGCUUGAGCAACAUUAUGAGAGAUGGUCAUUUUCUGAAGACAAGUUGUGGUAGCCCAAACUAUGCUGCCCCAGAGGUUAUUUCUGGGAAACUGUAUGCUGGACCUGAAGUGGAUGUAUGGAGCUGUGGUGUUAUAUUAUAUGCCCUUCUUUGUGGCACCCUUCCUUUUGAUGAUGAAAACAUUCCAAACCUCUUUAAGAAAAUAAAGGGAGGCAUAUACACGCUUCCAAGCCAUUUAUCUCCUGGUGCUAGAGAUUUGAUUCCACGGAUGCUUGUAGUAGAUCCAAUGAAAAGAAUGACCAUUCCUGAGAUCCGCCUGCAUCCGUGGUUUCAAGCACAUCUUCCAAGAUAUUUAGCUGUCCCCCCACCAGAUACAAUGCAACAAGCAAGAAAGAUUGAUGAAGAGAUACUUCAGGAAGUGGUCCGAAUGGGAUUUGAAAGGAAUCAUCUGGUUGAAUCUCUUCGCAAUAGAAUUCAGAAUGAGGGAACUGUUGCUUAUUACUUACUAUUGGACAAUCGUUUCCGAGUCUCAAGUGGCUAUCUUGGAGCUGAGUUUCAAGAAACUAUGGAAUCUGGCUUCAACCGCCUACAUCCAAGUGAACCUACAUCUCCAGCUGUUGGACACCGCCUUCCAGGAUAUGCUGAUUAUCAAGCAAUGGGUUUAAGAGGCCCCGAGAGGAAAUGGGCUCUUGGACUUCAGUCUCGGGCGCAUCCUCGUGAAAUCAUGACAGAAGUUCUCAAAGCUUUGCAAGAACUCAAUGUCUGUUGGAAGAAGAUAGGGCAUUACAACAUGAAGUGCAGGUGGCUUCCUAGCAUACCUGGUCUUAAUGAAGGCAUGCUCACCAAUCCCGUGCACAAUAAUCACUAUUUUGGUGACGAAUCAGCCAUUAUAGAGAAUGACAGUGUUACCAAGUUGCCGAAUGUUGUCAAAUUCGAAGUGCAGCUUUAUAAAACACGGGAGGAGAAGUAUCUGCUGGAUCUUCAAAGGGUUCAGGGGCCACAGUUUCUCUUCCUGGAUCUUUGUGCUGCAUUCCUUGCACAGCUCCGGGUCCUCUAAAACGAGUAUGAUAUAUUUCCAAGGACCCUUCUCCAUGAAUCUCCUAUGAUGCAUGUGAAUAACAACAUUCUAUGUAUAUCUCUCUUUUUUGGGCGUGCGUGUGUGUGUGGAGCCGGUUGUCCAAGGCACUAUUACUCGGUUCGGUUAUGUAUGUUAGUCCAGCUUCCAACACUGUGCCUUUACUGGUGAUCAUGGUUUCAGCAAUGUUAUGGAACCUAGGGGAAUUUUUAUGAAUUAUCGUGAUAGAAUUUACCUUGGUCUUGUGGAAUUCACAUAGGUCGAAAUUUCGAUGAUCCUUUUCUUGUUCGGCGUAAUCGGGUGUAAGCGUCAGAUACGAGUAUGCGACUUAUUUUUUCUUUUUCGAA